UCCGUUGAGGAAAUGUUGAGCAAGUCUCCGGUGUGGAGUGUGUUACUGAUGAUUGCUAAUUAUUGCUAUUAAUUUGGAAUUUUCCAUUGUAAUGACUUUAAAUCUCCAAUUUUUAUCUAACCGACCAACUAACGAUUGAGCCACCGUUACACAUGUUUGGAAAAGAAGAUGACAAUUCUGGAAGAUAACGUCAUACCUUUGCGUAGCAAACUACGUCUGUCGACCGCAAAUCAAACCACGAAACAGUUUUUAAAACGUGAAGGCUCUUUUCUAGAAGCUCCAUUUAGUAAAAGACAGGAGCUGGAAAUGUUGAACGGCUAUCGGUCCGAGCAGAGGGGCAACGACGCGGCCCAGGAUUUCCCAGUUGCCACUCUCUCUAACAUGGGCAACACGUGCUUCCUCAACAGCGUUUUAUACACUCUAAGAUACGCCCCAACUUUUUUACAUAACCUUCACCACCUAAUUGGAGAUCUGGCACUAGUGAGCUCACGCCUUAGUCAAACCAAAGCGAAGACGUCAUCUUUGGGACGCAACGUGGGGGCCAUCACCGGCCCCAGCUCUAGAAGUACCAGCAGUAAAGAUUUACUCUCCCUCAGUACUUCUGACAUUAUACCCAAAUCAAAAGUCCAAAUUGUCACUGAGAAGCUCCAUGAGCUUUACGUAACAAUGCACAACUUGGAAGUGAAAGAAUCGAACGACGCCUAUCAACCUGUUGCACUUUUGCAAGCAAUUAGGGAGGCAAAUUCGAUUUUUGAAGGUAACCACCAACAAGACGCCCAUGAGCUGCUUGUUUACUUAUUAGAUAACAUAAGAGAGACAUGUGACUUGUUAACGCAACAAGUGCAGCAAAACCCCGAUUUGUUGACUGAAACUGAGAUCAUUCCUUCCCCCAACAGUAGCAAAAUUUGGAGCGUCCGUCGCUCGUGGAAAAUCACCCAUAAGAAGAAGGAAAAGAAUGCGAAAGAGGCCAUUAGUGAAGAGCAAGUGAACGGUUCUAGUGUCACCGACACGGAAGACGCGUGUUCGGUCGACGGGGGCGGCGAUAACAUCGCGAAAAAAAAGCUAGGGUAUAAUUUCGUCGCGGAGGAUUUUGAGGGUGUGACCCUUCGACGCACCAAGUGUCUCGAGUGUGAGAGUGUGACCGAGCGCAAGGAGCCUUUCUACGAUAUUCCGGUCCCUAUUUCCGUCAAAGACACCGAAUUCGAGCCGGACACCGCCAGUGAAAUCUACCGAAAAGCGUGUGUGACCAGUGAGAAAUUGUGCGACGCGAAUAAAUAUCUCUGUGAGAAGUGCCAGCGAUACAACGAGGCUAGUCGCGACGUCCUUUUCGAGAAAUUGCCCAACAUUAUGGUUCUGCAACUCAAGCGUUUCACCACGUCUUCCGCAGGAGUGCAGAAAGUCAACACUUACCUCCCGACGCCGCUGGAAAUGGCGUGUUUUUGCGAAUCGUGUUGUAACGUCGAGGAGGAUGAGACGCCACCGCAUCGGUACCGCCUGUGUUGCGUUAUUAUGCAUCUGGGGGCUUCCAUGGCGUCGGGGCACUACAUCGCUUAUGUGAAAGCCUCCGAUCAUUUUGAGGACUACGCGGAGUGCUCCAGGAAUAUGCCCAAGGGAAGCUUGUCGGCGAGCAGCAGCGAGAAGUCGUUGAAUAUUUUGAAGUAUUUCAAACCGAGGACGAUAGGGUCUCUCAGUGAGAAUAAAAGUAUUUUGUCGAAAAGUGUGAUGAAUGGUGUGAGGAUGUGCAAAAGUAUGGAUUGUUGUGGUGUUAAAAUAAAUAAAAAUGUCGUGGAGAACGUUGUUAACUCGUAUCCUCGGAAGAACGAACAGGAUUUUUUUAACGGGUCCGAGGAUAUGUGGUUGGAGUGUGAUGAUGAAAGCGUCAAACCAAUUACGAGUCAAGAGUUUAAAGAAGAGUUGUCUUAUAAACCCAACUCGACGUCAACGCCCUACUUGCUGUUCUAUUCAAAAAUAACUGAUAUACCUUUAGAUUAAUUUUUUCGUUGAAGCACUGUUAGGUAAGAAUCAAUUAUUUAGGAAGUACAAAAACCCAUUGACUAACUGAAUGUGAUAUUCAAAGAAUCUUUAUAAUAUACUACUAUAAAUUGAUCUGUAAUUCUGUUAUACUCUUGUUACGCUACUUUACUUCCUAAAUGAUCUAAUAAUUGUCUCGCAAUAUUGUUUUUUGCUUCAGUAUAGAAAAAUUAUCUAGUCUUUUUAAAAUGUUCGGGGUGUUCGUUUUGAGUUACGCAAUUUUAUGCAAAUGCUGAAAAACCGAAAAAUAUUUUUAAUGUAAUUGUAACAUGUCACCAAAUAAAACGGAUAUAAUUAA